AUGACGAGGGAUGAUUGCCAUCAAACUCUGGUUCGUUCUUGCCAGAAUGGCAUUCUGUCUGCUGAACUCACUGUGCUUGGAGCAAAGAUGAGUCCUCGUCCACUAUGGUCCGUGGUCACUAUUCUCUUACUAGUUUCAAGGUCAGCCAUGAGUGCACCUUCAUGUGCAGUGGUUAGCACAACAUUGGCCCCGUGCCUUACUUACCUGCAGGGUAGUGACCCAUCCGAUGCUUGCUGUGCAGGCAUUAAGAGUUUGAGUGCCACUGCAAAAACCAAAGAUGAUCGUGUAGCCAUUUGCAACUGUGGAAAGGUAGCUCUGUCUAAGCUCAAAUAUGAUCCUAGUCGCAUCCCUCCUCUUCCCAAAAAAUGCGGAGUCAAUCUUUCUCUGCCUCCAAUUGACAGUCACACUGACUGUUCCAAGUAA